AUGGACAGUGAAGUGGAAGCGAUGAACACCAGUCUCGACAGUCCCCUGAGCCCCAGGCACCUGACCGGGUUGGGGAUGAACUGUCUUCUCAGCCCAAAGUACAGACACUCUGGGCCCGGCCUCGCCAGUCCUCAGGAGUACAACCAGUGGCUGCCUUAUCGCCAUGACGCCAGCCUGCUGCCCAUGAAGGAAGACCUGGCCUUCUGGCUCAACACCAUCAUGGGUGUGGACCUCACAGCAGACGGUCUGAUGGAGAGGUUGGAUAACGGCGUUCUCCUCUGUCAACUGGCACAGCUGCUCCAGGAGAAGAUGAUGCACACCAACAAUGGCAAGCCUUUAAUAAGAAGAGUGAUUAACUGGCGAGCCGAUGCAACUUCUGGAUCAUUCUUCGCCCGAGACAACACAGCCAACUUCCUUUACUGGUGUCGAAAGAUUGGCGUUGAUGAGGCUUACCUUUUCGAGUCAGAGGAUUUGGUCCUCCACAAGCAGCCUCGGGAGGUGUGUCUGUGCCUAAUGGAGCUGGGAAGGAUUGCAGCCAGGUAUGGAGUGGAGCCUCCGGGGCUGGUGAAGUUGGAGAGGGAGAUAGAGAGAGAAGAGGCAGGGUGCUUAUCUCCAACAUCCCCUCUGCCCUUCUCCUUUUUUCCUCCUACAUCAUUGUAUUCACCAUCACAAUCAUCCCUACCCCCAGCCCCCUCUCCUCCUCCUCCUCAUCCACCUGCGCCCCUCACUCCAAGCACAACCUGUCUGUCUGAACCCCUCGCUACCUCCCUCGCCUCUGAUCUUCCAUCAGCCACAACAAACCCAGUACCUACAUGUUUAUCCCCUCCUCAGUCCUCCUCCCUCUCAGCCUCUAACCCCUGUUCAACCACAGCCUCCACACAAACACCUUUGUUCUCCUCAUCCUGCAUCACUGAUACAUCUGCUCCAGCUCCACUGCCAGCACCCUCGCCAACCCAAACCCUGGUAUCGACCAAAGUCACAAUAAUCAACCACACACCCACAGCUACGCCUCCAAUCGUUUCCCCACCUGCGGCUCCUCGCUCCUCCAGCAGAUCCACAAGCAGGAGGAGCACCAGUGCCAACAACCUUUUGGAUGAUAUUGUAAGGAAUAUUAUUGGAAACCCUCCCUGCAGCUGUCCCACCAGGUUCCUUGUUGAAAAGCAACCUAAAGGCUGCUACCGUGUUGGGGAUAAAGUUCUAUAUAUACGGAUGCUGAAUGAGCGUCAUGUGAUGGUACGUGUAGGCGGCGGCUGGGAGACCUUUAUAAGUUACCUGCAGAAACACGACCCCUGUAGAGGAGGAGGUCCAGCCAAAAGAUCUGAGGUCAGGCUUUGCAGGGACAGAACCAAGCCACCCAGUUUGAACAUCUCACCUGACAGUUACAUGGUGGUUGGCGCCCAUUGCCGCAGCAAGAAGUAG